AUGCAGUUCUCCGCCAUCAUCCUCGCUGCUUUCUACAGCCUUGCCCUUGCUGCCCCAGCUCCCGCCGCUGAGGCCGAUGCCUCUGCUGCUGUUGAGGCUGCCAUUGCCGCCCGCCAGGCCUGCCGCGACGCUACCUACCGCUGCGGUGGCAACAACCCUGAGGUCUGCCAAUUCGGCAUCUGGAUGCUUGCUGCCCGCUGCGGUGGUGGCCAGAAGUGUGUCAUCGCCAACGGUGCUCCUUACUGCUUGUAA